GCUUUCCAAGCGAUUUCAGCAUGUAUCAGUUUAGCUUUACAACAGGCUGCCAUUACAUGAAGCUAGUGGAACAUUGAAUGGAUCUUCACGCACAUGUGUUUUAGACAGAGAAACUAGCGGAACGUGGUGUUCAGGAUUCCAGUUUGCGAACGGCCGACUUGAGCCCCAUUUUUGCUGCUGUUAUGUCGUCACAGACAGACAGCCACUUUGUUCUGUUCUCGUAUCGAACGAUGACUGACUAUCUAUCUCACCUCAUCCACAAGUCGUGGCAUUCAAGUGCUGAGUGCGUACGAUGUGGUGAAAAUACCGAUUGUGAGGACGGAUUGUGGUAUCGCUGGAAUCGCCUGACUAAACAUACAAAUUGAUACAAAUUGAUGUACGCAAUAGGCAACACCUUAGUCUCUCUCCAGUAUCGCUGAUGGCUGUUGGUUGGUGUUUCUGGGAUCGUAAUGGCUGUGUUACUGAGAUAAGUGAGAAGCAGCUGCAUACUCCUAGUAUCUGGUUUACACCGGUGAAGCAACCAGCUGCGGUGGUCGUGUGUGGGCUUGUCGCGACAGCCCAUUCAGUUCACACGUAUACACCAGCCAGCUAUAGGCGGACCACGGGUGACGAUCUCCGCGUUCUACAAUCAUACGCGGUGAAAUCCAACUUAUCAACACGCUAACACUUCCUGUUGGGCAGGCCAGCGCCUUCUACAGGCUCUUGUCUGUGUCCAUGCAGUGUACCACAACAACAGCAACAGCAGCAGCCACAAGCAGCUCCUAGCCAGCGUUCCUACUGUUCAGCAACCACACGCCCUUCUCAGCUAUCUCGUGACGGUUCUAGGAACUCGACAUCGUCGAGGCCACGUCACCGUGUGCCAUGAGCAAGAAGGGGAAGCAGGCGAAAUCGCCGAUCAAGCUGGUGGUUCUCGGCGAAGGCGGCGUGGGCAAAUCAGCCCUAACCAUUCAGUUUGUGAGUCAUGAAUUUUCAGCAGAUUACGAUCCUACAAUCGAGGAUGCGUACAAAGUGACUUCUGACGUUGAUAAUGAAGCAGUGGAUUUGGAUAUCCUGGAUACUGCCGGUCAGGAGGUGUUCAGUGCCGUUCGCGAUGAGUACAUGCGCGAUGGCGAAGGCUUCGUCUUGGUCUUCUCCCUGACGCACAGGGGCUCGUUCCACGCGAUCAGAGACUUCUACGAGCGCAUCAGACUGGCCAAGGACAGUGACGAGGAGCUGCCUGUUGUGCUUGCUGCUAACAAGAGCGACCUUGUCGAUGAACGCCAAGUGACGGUCGAAGAAGUGACAAGCCUUGGCAAGGAGCUAAACUGCCCGUACCUGGAAACAUCAGCGUUAAAACGUUCUAACGUUGACGAGGUCUUUCAUGAGGCUGUGAGACUGGUGUGGGCGGAUAAAAAACACUACCGUCUUCGGCAUGGCGGUGAAAGAAGUGGCGACAACUGUUCUGGCCGAUGUUGUAUCAUUCUUUGAGAACAGUCUUUCUCUCUAGGCGGCCAUUGUACAUACGACAGGAGUUCUGUACAGUUUGCUCGAGUUCAUCUCUCUCUUUCAUAAUUGCCAGGUUGCCUCUGAGGACUUAGCUGGUACUGUGCCAAUAGGUCCUUUACAGUCCCAUGAAUCCGGUCACGCAUUGCAAUCUUCACUCUGGACUAUAGAAAAUUUGCUCAUCUCUCCCACUCUUGCUGUAUCCGUAGCGCUCCCAUUUUGCCCUUGAUAUUUAGGUUUUCAAGUUGAAACACUAGGUCGUGUACAUGUAGGCCGUCGAAAGAAGCUAUUAUUCUCUAUCUAGUUCCCGUAACUUACUCACGGUCUGGCUGAUCGUAACGCAGUGUUUAUGAGGAUCUCAGUGUUUUUGUUUGUUGUCUUAGUCUGUAAGCUAUUCUAUUGCGGUUUCACCCGAUACUGACUGAUCUCUGCUUUAACCUGCAUGUAGCUGUAGUGGCUGGAACGGCUGCACCACUGAAUGAUUCUCAAUGCCUCUGUUUGUAUCCAGUGAUUUCUUCAUCACAAUUUUCUUCAUUACUGAGCGUAGACAACUUACUUACACUUCUAUUUGUUGGAUUCAAUCAUAGUUGUUUUUUCCUCCCAACAAGAUAAUAUUAUUUUCAUAUGUGUGCCAAGUAGUACCUUCUGUCAGUUGUUUUGUUUCUAGGUAGAAAGGAAUGUUGGUAUUGUGCUCAGAAACUACAUGUACUAGCUCUUA